AUGGUUGUACAAUUAAAACCUGUUAAUCGUGAACAUGUUGCUGUUCCAUAUCAAGGUAUUGGUGCUCAAUUAGCUGCUUCAAGAAAUGUGUAUGCAUCAAAAUCUGUUGAAUCCAUUGCUUUCAAUCCAAGAGCUCCUGUUAAUCGUGAAUAUGUUGCUGUUCCAUAUCAAGGUAUUGGUGUUCAAUUAGCUGAUAUUCCACUUCCUACAAGAAAAUCUAUAAGUAUUUCCGAUCUCCUUAGAAUUAGCUCCAGAAAGGAUCCAAUCAAAAUUAUUUCAAUCACUAGAAAACUUGAUUUAGCUCUUUUUAACGUUGGCCAGUUAAAAUUAGAAUAUUAUCAUUUAUUGAAUGCUCUCAAAUAUAUAGAUCAAGAACCACCAACACUAAGAGAAAGCACAAAGCCUAAACAAUUUAGAAUAUUGGCAAACGUUGCUAAUCAUCAAAAAAUUCUUUAUUACAAUAUAGAAAUGUUGGAAAUGAGAGAAGAAAUGCUUUGUCUUUUUAUUCAAAAUAAAAAGCAUUUAGUGAUUGUUCAAAAACAUUAG